CCUUUCUAAUUGGCUGGCUGGAAGCUUCCUCGGGACUCGGCCGUUCGGAGGGCGCGACAGCGGCCUCUCUAGCCGCCGCCCGUAGGUCUGGCCUCGCUCUUUGGACUGCGAGCUCUCUAUGCUGUUGGCGACGACAUGUGGCGCCUCCCGGGACUCCUGGGCAGAGCUCUUCCCCGUCUGCUGGGACCCGGCUUCCGGGGGCUGACUCCAAAGUCUACCAACCCAAAUGAGCCUCAGGCUGCCUCCUCCACUCUGCUGGUCCCUGUCCCCAGCUUUGACAGGUCAGGCCCCCAUGGCCCAGGCCCAGGCACAAACAGGGGCCCAAGGUCUCAUGGAUGGAAGGAUGCCUUCCAGUGGAUGUCUGCCCGUGUCUCCCCAAACACCUUGUGGGAUGCCAUAUCAUGGGGCACUCUGGCCGUGCUGGCCCUGCAGCUGGCAAGGCAGAUCCACUUCCAGUCGUCCCUGCCAGCAGGACCUCGACAAGCAGAGCACCGCUCUUGGCGCAGACCCCUGGACUGUUUCCUCUCAUCUCCCUUGUGGCAUCCGCGCUCCUCACUCCGGAGGCACAUUCUCCCCAGCUCUGAUGGCCCAGCUCCCAGGCACACUGGCCUUAGGGAACCCAGGCUGGGCCAGGAAGAACCCUCCACUCAGCCUGAGAACUUCUCUUCAUACAGCUCCGUGAGGGCAUCUGGUCUUCAGGGUCUCUCUGAAGAAGACCCUAGUGAUCUCGGCUUCCUGCAUGCCAGCAGUAGCUUCAGAUCCGGGGCAAAGCCAGCCCAGCCUGUGCCCACCGGACAAAAGCAGGAACAAGAUAAAUCAAAAACUCUUUCCCUCGAGGAGGCUGUGACUUCCAUUCAGCAGCUCUUCCAGCUCAGUGUUUCCAUUGCUUUCAACUUCCUGGGGACAGAGAACAUGAGGAAUGGGGACUACACGGCAGCCUUUUCCUACUUCCAGAAAGCAGCAGACCAUGGCUACAGCAAAGCACAGUACAAUGUGGGCUUGUGUCAUGAGCAUGGCAGAGGCACCCCCAGGGACCUUGGCAAGGCAGUUCUUUUUUACCAGCUGGCUGCCAGCCAGGGUCACCGCCUGGCUCAGUACCGUUACGCCAGGUGCCUGUUGCAAGGCCCAGCCUCCACUUGGGAUCCUGAGUGCCAGAGGGCAGUGUCCAUGCUUAAGCAGGCUGCGCACUCAGGCUUGAGAGAGGCUCAAGCUUUCCUCGGGGUGCUUUUCACCAAGGAGCCACACCUGGAUGAGCAGAGAGCUGUGAAAUACCUUUGGCUUGCGGCCAACAAUGGGGACUCACAGAGCAGAUACCACUUGGGAAUUUGCUAUGAGAAGGGCCUUGGUGUGCAGAGGAAUCUGGGAGAGGCUAUAAGAUGUUAUCAGCAGUCAGCGGCUCUGGGCAAUGAACCUGCCCGGGAAAGGUUGCGGACCCUCUUUUCCAUGGAAGUAGUGGUUAAAGCCCUGGGGCCCAGCAAUUUCGCAGUUAAAGGAUUGAAGUCCUUCUCCAGCCCCUCCCUCUGCAGCCUCAACACUCUGCUGGCGGGAGCCUCACGCCUCCCACACGCCUCGAGCACAGGGAACCUUGGCCUCCUCUGUAGAAGUGGGCGUCUCGGAGUCAGUCCCAGGGGAGCUCUUCCCCCACACAACUACCCUUUGGAAAGGAGUCUCGUCAGACUGGGUUUUGGCUAAGACCUCACUUCAGCCCUAAAGAUGGAGCCUGUGGCUUCUCUGUUACAACUUGAGUCCCAAAGCAGAGGCCAGAUAUCUACACAACUUCCCAAAGAAACUUAAGCAUCUGCCCCAGCAUAGUAAAGAAGAAGAAAGUGUGUAAAGACCCAGGUCCUGGCCAUGUCACCUUGCCUGGCCGUGUCCCCUUAUGAAGCAGUGACCUGACCCACUACAUUGUUUUCUCAGUUGUUGACCGAAGGCAUUGGUGUAUGUCCUUUGACCCUACAGAGCUCAUAGGGGGCAUUUCACUGCAGAAAGGGCCUUGGUGACCACUUAGGCCCAAUGAGGCAGACUGUUGCCCGUGGUUGUAUGGCUUUAUGAGUCACCAGGCCAGGAGAAGACCAGGCCCCCUGACUCCUGGCUCAGGGCUCUGUUUUGCCAGUUCACACUAGCUUUAUGUGUUACUGUCACAUCUCUCCAAUGUGAGGGAGUAAGUGGAGGCUUGGAGCAGGAAAGUGUAGAUUUUGAGAUCAUUGUUUGUGAAGGGUGUGCCAGAAAUGGAUGGGAGUUUAAUAAAAUAGAUACUGGAUUAUCUCAUCACUCUUGCCUUUGAGUAUGUUGGGGAGAGCCGGGGGUGGGGCAGGGGGAGCUGAAAGCAGAGGCUCCCACCUCAUCUCUAAACUCUCCAUUAACCAAUUUGAAGGGUCUUAAAAGCUUCUCCAAGGGAGAGACUUAGGAAAAAAUGAUUUCUGAGUCAACGCUAAUGACUCCAAUUACUGAAUCUGUGAAUAGCUAUUCCCUGGCUUCUGGAUGUUAGCCCAAGUUCAGUAGCAUGGAUGUGGUUGAGGGUAGGGAGUGGGAGGGACCAAACCCUCUAGUAACUGUUCAGAUGUGAAAGAUCACCCAGCUUGGCCAGUUCAACAGUGGAAGGAGUUGGGGGUGGAGGUUGUCUUCUCUGCUGCCCACCCCUCUCACCAACCUCCAGUGGCUCCUGCCACACUUUUCCAGCACUUUCCUCUUGUCAUGGGGGCCCUAGGCUUCUUUCAACUUUAGUGUCUCCCCUGACUGCUACUCCCUUUCCAGAGCUGCCCUGCACGCUGGCCUUCCCACCCCCACACUGAUCCCCUCAUGCGGCUGCCUCCCACAGAUGUCUCCUUGGGAUCUGGGACCUUGUCUUUGUAUUCUGGUAUCCUCAGCACUUAGCACAAGGCCCACGCUAGUAGGGGCUCAAUACACACAUUGGUUAAAGGUUAGGUUUUUAAGCUGUACAAUGCACUAAUCUCUGCAAGAAAAAAAACGUUUCUGUGGUCAAAUAAGUUUGGGAAACGCUAUACCAGACAUCCCUUUUUUUUAUAGAUUUACAGUGUACAUCAGCAUCUUUAAGGUUUCAAGAAGUCCUGCAGUAAAGAACUUGGUUAACCCCAUGUUUGCCAGCCUGAGCCAAGCACAGAGCCCAGCCACACACAGAUUGCCGAUCAAACUUCCUGGGGCACCUUCUGUAAAAUGUCAUUUCCUGUCCUCCUGUGGGACCCUACUCUCCAGUCUCCUCCCCUCCUCUUUUCAUUUUGGCUUACCGAUUCCUUCUGGGGAAGGAGUGGCAGUUCAGACAGCCGUGGGACAGCGGGUGUCCUGUGUUGAGGGCCAGAUGCAGCUCUCCUUCCCCCUCAGUCAUUACAAGUUAAGUACUGAUUCAAUUUGGGGUGCUAAACGUGGAGGUAGGAUAUUUUUAAGCUCUCCUUGUGGAAAGGCAGGAUGGAAGAGUCGUGAGAGCAAUGUUGUCAAGGGACCAGAAAUCCUUGGCUGUUCAGUCACUGCGGUCUCCGUCCAUCCCCAAGGGGUGGGCCUUCAUCCACAGACCCAGGCACUGCUGUGCUUUCGCCAUUACAAUUCCAUUGUUAAUGAGUUGUCAUCAGUGCCCUGAAAGGAAAUAUGAGGUGGGGAGGACAGGGGAGUGGCCCCUGCCUGGGUUAGGUACAGGGUGACCCAAGUUUUAGGACCUGGUGCCCUUCAGCAGUGAGACUUUUGUGCGAGGCUGUGCUGACUCAGUUUCCUUAUCCAGAGAUGUUGCUUUCAGGGAUCCUUGACACAGUGCAGACAAGGGUGUUCGAUUCAUUAUAUCUUCAGUGCUAAUACAGUGCAGGGUACUUAGUAAAUGUUCAGUAAAUAUCUGUUGAAGGAAUGAGUGAUUUUAUGCAUUGCCCCCUUUCCACCCAGUUCCUUGCACCAAGCCUACCUAGCACAUAGUAAGUGCUUUAAAUAUUUGUCGAAUCCAUGAUUCUGUAUACUCCCCACUGCUACUUCCAGUGCUACUUCUGACACCUAGUAAUUGCUCAAUAAAUACAAAGUGUUUGUUGAA